CCGCGGCGACGGCGGCGGCGGCGGCGGCGGCGGCGGCGGCGGUGGCCGUUCGCUCAGUCUUCGCGCGGUGCCCCCAUCGCUCGCGACGUCCUCUCGCUCGAGCGCCCCGAGUCCACCAAGACAGCCAGCACCGUCGACAUGGAGAAGAAGGAGCAGUUCUACAUGCCGCCGCCGAAGCUCGACAAAUGGGAGAGCAUGCGGCUGUUCCUGUACAACUCGGAGACGGGCCAGGUGAUGGGUCGCACCGGCUCCAGCUGGGCCAAGAUCCUGAUAUUCUACCUGAUCUUCUACAUCGUGCUGGCGGCAUUCUUCGGCGGCAUGCUAGCGGUGUUCUACCAGACGCUGGACAACCGACAGCCGAAGUGGCAGCUGGACGCCUCGCUGAUCGGCAGCAAUCCGGGACUGGGCUUCCGACCGAUGCCGCCGGAGAGCAACGUGGAGAGCACCCUGAUCUGGUACAAGGCCAGCGACAUCGGCAACUACCGCCACUGGACCAACGCUCUCAACGUGUUCCUCGAGGGUUACAACAAGACGGGCGUGGGCGCGCACAACCAGGAGAACCGCAUGAUCUGCGAGUACGGCAAGCCGCCGGUGCAGGGCAAGGUGUGCGACGUGCUCGUGGCCGACUGGCGUCCCUGCACGAGGAGCAACUCCUACAACUACCACAAGUCCGCGCCCUGCAUCUUCCUCAAGCUGAACAAGAUCUUCGGCUGGCUGCCGGCCUUCUACAACGACACCUCCACCCUGCCCAAGAACAUGCCGAACGACCUCAAGAACCACAUCGCCAGCCAGAAGCCGGUCGAGCGCGACACCAUCUGGGUCUCGUGCGAGGGCGAGAACCCCGCCGACGUCGAGAACAUCGGCCCCAUCAACUACAUCCCGCGGCGCGGCUUCCCCGGCUACUACUUCCCCUUCAAGAACGACCCCGGAUAUCUCAGCCCGCUCGUCGCUGUGUUCUUCGAGAAGCCCAAAUACGGCGUGCUGAUCAACAUCGAGUGCAAAGCCUGGGCGAAGAACAUCAUCCACGACAGAUUCGAGAAGCGCGGCUCGGUGCACUUCGAGCUGAUGAUCGACUAAACAACUCGCCACGCACGAUCAGCAGCAGCUUAUUACCACCAGCGAUGAGAGCCAACCAGCAGCGGCGUAAACCACGGCGACCGUCACCGAGCAGCGACGCAGCAGCAACAUUUUUUCCUUCUCUCGAGAUCUCCGGCUUUCUCUGUCUGUCUGUCUGUCUGUCUGUCUCUCUCUCCCUCUCCCUCUCCCUCUCUCUCACUCUCUAUCUCUCGUGCGUGCGAGAAGUUCACGGGCAUCCACGAUCGAUUGGCGUUGUAUGAUAUCCGGGAAGGUAGUGUCGAAGCGCCUCCGCGAGGGAGCCACACUCUCCGGGUCGGACGUGCCGCAUUGCACAAACACAACGAUGGAUCUCGCAUGCGCCUCCCCCCCCAUUCGCCUGUCGCGCGAUAUCACUCGUUCUUUCUUUCGCCAAGUUCAACGGUUAAUUGUCCAUCGGGCUCCUACGAUUGCUGCUGUUGGUGAGGGUUGCCCGCCACGUAUCUAUAUCGAGCGCGACGAAAAUAAAACCGCAGUGUUCUCCACAGACGUACUCUCUCUCUCUCUCUCUCUCUCUCUCUCUCUCUCUCUCACACUUUCGAUUAGCUGCCUCUCGUCCUGUCCUAAAUUACGCGCGACCGUCUUUUCGAUCGCGGAAACUCCGUUGUCAUGCGUAACGCGCCUCUCCUCCCCUCCCCCUAGCCCCCUUUCUCGCUCGAAUCCGAGUCGACCGCUUUCUUUUUCAUCCCCGGCACUGCGUCUGGUCGGAGCGUUCGCGUCGAACGACGCUGGUCGCGGACACUUUCACGCGCGACACAACCUAUAUUAUGUACAAUUGUUCGACUAAUCGCGACGUAACGCGUUAUCAUGCGUACAAUGUUUGUUUCGCUGUUUCGCCCUGUUAUUUUUGGUUGGAAUACGACCCUCCGAUUAUAUAUAUAACAAACCCGCAACUGUCCCGCGAGAGUGUGUUGGCGACUUCUCGAACAAACAAAAAAUAAUAGGGGCUUCUAUCGUCGAGCCGCGAGCGCGUAUUUUUCUUAUAUAUUAUAUAUCGUUAAAACGAAGCGACGUGUACUUAUUGAUUAUUAUAUGAUAUAUAUUAUAUAUAUACCAGACAAGUCAUGGAUGGAUACGCCUUGGUGUUUUAGCCUUCUGUUGAUAAAACCAAAUACGAGAGAAAUGAGUAUUACUAUUGAAAGCUGAAUUUAAACAAUUGAUUAGAACGUUAAAAUGCGCAAGAAGUAAGAUUCAAUUUUACCUCUUGAGAAUACUAAAAAGUAGAGCAUAUAAAAGCAAAAGAAAAAAAGAAAAUUAUAAAAAAAAUCAAGUAAAGCACCGAUCGGAGCCUAUAGGGAGAAAUAUAACAAAAAAAAAUAAAUAAAAUAAAGUAUUAUGAGAAUUUCACGCUGUAUAUUGAUAAUUACAUGUAUAACGUGCUGCUUAAAUGACAAAAAAUUAAUACGUUCCAAAACACGUACACGCGCGAAUUCGAUUUCUUAGGCGAGCGCGAAAAAAAUUAAAUAACAAAUAAAAAAAACGGAGCGUGAUCUAGUUCGGUUCGACAACUAUACACGUAUACACACAAGGGAAAAAGGAACAUUAUUACACGUAGAUUGCGAAGCAACCGAGAUGCAGCGAGGGAAAAAAUUUUUCGAAAACCACGAGGAAAAAAAAAAAAAAAAAAAAAAAAAAAAAAAAAAAAAAAAAAAAAAUUAAGUAACUUUAGUGGCCGGUUGAUAGAGCUUCGCGCGACGUGCCGAGCGACUUCCAGGCCGACGACUCUCUUUUUCCAGUUCCGUUGACUGCGCGUCUCGGCGUUUUACUUUCUCUCUCUCUCUCUCUCGUGCGCAGCGUCGCGACUUGGCGGUCCGCCUUGCCGAUCGCGUCCACCUUCUGCACGAACGUGGAGCAGAUGCGCGUCAACUAGACAGGACGAGGAAUAACGAGAAAGAGAGUCGGCGGCCGAUGCCAGAGAGCUGGUCGCGGGUCCUCGUCGUCGAUACGAUUAUGUCAUUGCAUCUGUAUAAAUAUAUUUAUUAUAUGAUUCUAUUAAUGAAUUUCGAGAUUGAGGAUUAUUUCCUGGACGCGAUCCGGGCUCAUGUUACACAUUUAAACUUAGAGAAACGAUUAUUAUUAUUAUUAUUAUUAUUAUUAUUAUUAUUAUUACUAUUAUUAUUAUUAUAUAUGACACAUAUAUGUAUAUAUAUAUAUGUAUGUAUGUAUAUGUAUGCAUGUAUAUAUAUAUAUAUAUAUAUAUAUACGUGAGCGAGAGUGAGUGCAAGAGCGUAGUGUUGAAUUAACGAAAAAAAAUUAAUAAAUUAACUAAGUAACAAGCAAACAAUAGCAAGAAAGAGAACAAACAAUACGUUACAAUAAAUGUCACUGAUUAAAAAAGAACAGCUAAGUGUUGCAGCGUCCGUGCAAUGCGAGAGGAAGCGAGCGUGCACGGCAUUGAAAAAAAUUGACAGAAAACAAAGAAAAAGUUUCGAUUGUAGGAACCAUCGAGUACUGAUGCGGCAUAAUUUCUGUAAAAGUGCGAGCGCGCGAGUUCCAAGCUUACUUUUGAUAAAGACGCGAACGAAGACGCUCACCGUUACGAUCGAAGGCUGCGCUGUGCACGCGGUCGAGCUUGCGACUCGCGCGCCCUUCCUGCAAACUCAAACCCGCGAGCAGCGUACAUAACGAUGAAACCUAAUGGCAUAAGAGACCACGAAGCAAACGGAAUUACCCGCUGACACGCGAAUGCGUGUGUGCGGGCAAACAAAAGAAACGAUGACAAACGACAAAAAUAAAGCAGAGUCACGCCGUUCGAGUCUGUGUAUCCCCUCCCCACCCCCCCAAAAAAAAAACAAACAAAAAAAUACGAGAAUGAGAAUACGAGUUGUUUCUUAAAAAUGUAAGCGAAGAAAUUACCAAACGUUGUUAAACUAAAAAAAAAAGAAAAAAAAGAAAAAAAAGAUGUAGGAACGCCGGGCAGGUGAUGGGUGCGAGACUGCGAGUGCCUGGGAGAUUAAGCAAGAGUUUUUAUUUGCUAUAUUACCACGAGUGAAAUCAAUAAUAAUAAAAAAUAUAUAAAUGAACGUAACGACAAGAAACGAAAGAAAAGGAACACGCGAUACAAUUGAGAAGCCGCUUUUGGUGUGCGUCGAACAAGAUGUAUAUGCGAGUGCGUGCAAGCGAGCAAAAGGAAAGCAAGGGAUGCGUACUUAUUUGUCUUUAAUUUUUUUCAGCGAAAGAGAGCGUUGAUGUGCUAGGGAGGACGGACAAAAGAUAAUGGAUAAAGAGAGACGAGCGACAUUCUUGCACGACAUUAAAACAGCGUUACUCGUUUAGCCGAUGUAUAAGCCUAGUUGAUAAACAUGAGAAACCAGUGACAUGGAAAAUACGCGAUGGGCACUUUUUUUGGGAAUAAAAACGAAUAAGUAAAGUGAUGAAUAAAAAGACACUACUCUGACUUGA